AUGGACCCAAAACAGUGGUCUGCCCUUUCAUACAACCCCAGAAACAUCAUUCCCAGUAUUAUUGUCCUGUUCACUGAUGGUAGUUCAAAGGAAGAAGAGAAGCAGCAGAACCGAAACUUCAUGAUACACAUGGAUGGAAAGAUUCCGACACCAAACCUGCACUCUUUGCAACAAAGUGCAGUAAAUUUUGGUAAAUUAUGGGAGAAACUUGAAAAAGCCAUCAAAGCUAUUCUUAGAUUGGGAUAUGUCGAAAAGACAACGUGGAACAAUCACUUCACAGAUAUGUAUGUCUUACGUGUGGCUUAUCCGCUACAGUCUGGGGGAAUGCUUUAUAAAGAAACGAAGACAUUUUUGGAAAAUCACGUUCGAGAUUUGUGCGAGAGAGUUCUGGAGUCCAGAGAACAAGUACUUGUCACAUAUGCUAGGUGUUGGGAAGAGUAUAGCAGGGGCACAAAUUCUCUGAACUACUUGUAUAGUUAUCAUGAUGGAGAGGACCCAAAUCAGCAAAUAUUCCAUGCAGUUAUUAACUCCUUUGUUCAUGUGGAACAGUAUGAGGAGGUAUUGCCCUUAAAGUUUUAUCAAGAAAUCUUUGAGUCCCCUUUUCUGGCUUGCAUAAGAGAGUAUUAUAAACAAGAAGUAUCCAAUUUGUUACAAGAAUUGAACUGCUCACAGUAUAUGGAAAUGGUUAUAAGUAGAUUAAAAGAUGAAGAAAUUCUAUGUCAAAAAUAUCUACCACCCAGUUUACAUAGAAAAGUGAUGUGUGAGUUUCAGCAACGAAUGAUAAUAGACCACUUGCAGUUCUUACAAGCAGAAUGUCAGAAUAUUAUCUGACAAGAGAAAAAAAAUGACAUAGCCAAUUUGUACAUCUUACUCUGUACUGUGUCCACUGGCUUGCCUCAUGUGGCUCAGGAGCUGCAAAAUUACAUCCAUGAUGAGGUCCUUAGGGUCACCAGUAAUCUGAGUCAGGAAAAUACACCAGCAGAAUUUGUGGAGUCAGUACUGAAAGUGCCUGGUAAGUUUGUCCAAUUUAACAGCACCACUUUGAAUGGUGAUCCGCUCUUUAUGGCUGCAUUAGAUAAGGCCUUUACAAUGGCUGUAAAUUACAGAGAGCCUAAAUCUGUUUGUAAAGCACCUGAAUUGCUUGCUAAGUACUGUGACAACUUACUUAAGAAAUCAGCAAAAGGGAUGACUGAGGAUGAAGUGGAAGACAAACUGGUGAGAUGCUAUGAUUUUUUCAAAUACAUCAACGAUAAGGAUCUUUUCCAAAAAUUCUACACAAGAAUGCUUGCAGAUCGUUUAAUUCAUGGAUUAUCUAGGUCUAUGGAUGCUGAAGGAAGUAUGAUCAAUAAAUUAAAGCGAGCCUGUGGCUAUGAGUUUGCCAGGUUGCUUCAUCACAUGUACACAGAUAUGAGUAUCAGUGCAGAUCUCAACAGAAAGUUCAAUGAUUUUAUCAAGAACCAAGACACAGUAAUAAACCUGGGAAUUAGUUUCCAGAUAAAUAUUCUCCGAACUGGCUCCUGGCCUUUUACUCAGGUUCCUUCGGUUAUAUUGGCAAUUCCCCAGGGGUUGGAAAAAAGUGUACAGAUAUUCACAUUAUUUUACAAUCAGCAUUUCAAUGGAAGGAAGCUAACAUGGUUACACUCUUUCUGUACAGGUGAAGUUAAAAUGAACUAUUUGAACAAACCAUCUGUAGCCAUAGUUACAACAUACCAAAUGGCCGUUCUUCUUGCCUUUAACAACAGUGAAACCCUCACCUAUAAAGAGCUUCAAGACAGCAGUCAGAUGAAUGAAAAGGAAUUGACCAGAGCAAUCAAAUCAUUGCUUGAUGUGAAAAUGAUGGACCAUAACUCAGAAAAGGAAGGCAUACUCACAGAAUCUUCAUUUUCAUUAAAUAUGAACUUCAGCAUUAAGAGAACAAGAUUUAAGGUUGCCACACCAAUGCAGAAAGAGACACCCCAAGAAAUGGAGCAGACUAGAAGUGCUGUAAAUGAAGACAGGAAAAUGUAUCUCCAAGAGACUAUAGUUUGAAUUAUGAAAACGCGCAAAGUACUUCGGCAUAAUCACCUUAUUCAAGAGGUGAUUAGCCAGUCCAGAGCUCGGUUUAACCCCAGUAUCAGCAUAAUUAAAAAGUGUAUUGAAGUUCUGAUAGACAAAGAGUACAUGGAACGCAGUCCAAGGGUGGCAGAUGAAUACAAUUACAUUGUGUGA